UCCUAACCGGUUUACUGCUUAACCUUAACCUAACUAUUUUGUUUAUAAAUUUUCAUGUUUUUAAAAAAUUUCAAAUUUUUUUAAUUUUUUUUAUGUAUUCAUUUAGGUAGUGAAAUCAAUUGAAUUAACAGAAAAGAAAAACCAAAUAAAUUUACAAUGAACAAUAUUCAAUUUUACACUUUGUUUAUAUUUUAUUUUUCUAAUAUUUCCGCAUUUAGUUUAUUAGGAAUUCCAAUAUCACCCAGGCUAACGAAUUUCCGAUACAAUCCGUAUUGUUUAAUUAACGAAUGCUGUAAUGAUGGUUACAUUAAAUUCGACAGAAACCGUCUCAAACGAAACCUCACGGAACAUGUUUAUGGGCAGCCAUUGCUUCUAACCGCAGUUGAUGCAUUAACGGCACAUUUCAACCCUUAUUACAGAUCGCCGAAACCUUUAACUUUGAGUUUUCAUGGUAUGACUGGCACAGGCAAAAAUUAUGUCGCAAAUUUUAUAGCCGACAGUUUGUUUAGUUUAGGAUCUCGGAGUGAAUUUGUGCAUCAUUUUAUUGGACGCCAACAUUUUGCCGAAAAGAAAUACACUUCACAAUAUAAGGCUGAUUUGUAUGAUUGGAUAAGAGGCAACCUUACUCAAUGUCCCAGGCAACUGUUCAUAUUCGAUGAGGUAGAUAAAAUGGUUCCUGAAGUUCUCAAUGCAAUAAAACCCUGGAUUGAUUAUAAUCACCAAGCUGCUCAAUUUUCUGAAGCCGUGUUCAUUUUCCUAUCGAACACUGGUGCCAAUAUUAUCAAUGAGCAUUAUCACGAUUUGUAUGUCAGCGAGGGCAAGCAGAGAGAAGAUUUGAAGUUAUCUGAUUUUGAAAAUUUUAUUCAGAAAGGAGCUUUUAAUGAAGAAGGUGGAUUUUUUCAUAGCGACACAAUUACCAACAAUUUAAUUGAUCAUUAUAUUCCAUUUUUACCACUGGAACAAAAACACCUUAUAAAAUGUAUUGAAAAAGAGUUCAAGGUUAGAAGAGUCAAUAACCCAAGAAGAGAACAUAUAGAUGAAGUUAUGAAGUUUAUCCACUGGGGCCCCGAUCAGUCGAGGCUAUUUUCAAAAACAGGCUGCAAGCGACUGGGCCCUAAAGUAGGCUUAAUUAUUAGUGAAUCGUAUCCACGUGAGGCCUAUUCUAAAGAUGAAUUGUGAUAGCUUUAUUAAAUUUUUUUAACUUAAAUAUUAUUUAUCACGCUUAAAGAUCCUAAAGUAGAUCAAGAAAAUUCAGGACUGAAUUUUUGAGAAGAUAAGUUAGACUAUUAAAAUGGAAUAUGGCCCAUGGCCAAAUCCCACUUUGUUGGUGGACGACAAAUCAUCCAUAAAGUGUAUUUAUCCUAUUGGCUUUGAAAAAUAAUAUCUGGACUUUGUCUUUAAUGUGUAUUAGUUUUCAUCCUAGAGAAUCCACUUCUGAAUUUUCUCAAUGCCCUAAAGGAUCGCCUUGUAUAUGAAAUUAGGUUUUAUAAUAUUAAUGUACAGAUUGUUGAACUCAAAACUUUAUAUAUCGGGUGACCACAAAAUUACUUACCAAGCUCAAGCUUGAUAUGAAAAUCGGUAUGAAUUUUUAUGUCUAAAGUAGAGGCCAUCUCAUGGUUAUCCGGUAUUUAUCUAGUGAGGUUGGUCAACGUUUGUGUGCUUCAUUACUUGAAUAAGUAGUUUUCUAAUUUAUUUUUUUAGCACGUAAUGUCAUUAGUUGCUUUGCUGAUAGAGUUGUGUAGUUCUUCCAGCAGGGUAGCAUAAUAAGUCAAAAAUAAUAAUAAACAUAUUAACACUGUGAGAUAUAGGUUAUUCAAAUUUUAUUUUUUAAUGUUGAGGUAUCUCUAGCUCUAUCUUAAGCAUGGAAGUUGAUAUUGAUUUGAAAUUUUGAGGAUGUAUAUUAUUGAUAUCGAUGCGGAAUUUCAGCAUAAAAACAAUUGACUGUCAAAUUUAUCACUCUGUAUAAUAA